AUGCUCUUCUUCAUCAUAAGAUUGUUGGUACUUAUAACAGUUUUAUAAAGAAGCCCAAUUCAAAUCAGCAUAUUUUUUAUAGUCUAUCUCUACUUAUGCAUUAGAUUAGAAUUUUAUGCUAACUUAUUCCCUUAUAUUGGUUUGGUAUUCGUGCCUUUAAUGUUCAAAAUUGACAAGCACGAAUAAUUACUAUCUAAUUUAAUUACUGAAUUUUUCAAAGGAACAAUAACUAAUGCUAUAAUAAUAAUCGAUGCUUAAACAAAACAGCCUCUAUUUCAUACUAAUUAAAUUGAAUCUGAAUUUAACUAUUCAAUUGCGAAUCAAAAGCACUUUAUUAAUACCCUGGAAUAAUUUUAAGAUUCAACCCAUAAGACAUUAAGUUCUGUUUUUGAGGAAUAAAAAUUAUAAACAACCUCUGGAGAAUUGGCUUAAUAUUGCAAACUUCAAGAAAUAUCAAAUGAAGACUAUUCAUUUAUGGAUUCCCCUCAACAUAAAAAGGUGUCAACAUUUAUUCACGAUGAAAUUAAUGAAGAUAGAUAAGAAUUAGUUAUUGAAAGUCCUAAACUCUAGGGUAAGAUACUAUAAAAUUAGCACUCGAAUCAAUUUAAUGAUGAUACUCCUUAAUUAGGAAAGAAGAGUAAAUUUGGACAAUUCAAAGACAGUCAAUAUCAUUUUGAUACAUUCAACGAAUUAAAAUAAAAAAGAUUAAAUAUAUAAGUCUAACAUUGCAUUUGGGAUUAUAAGGAAGCAUUUAUGAUAUCAUUGAAAGAUUUGAGAAACUAGUAGAUGAUAGAAAUAUUGAAUGAUGAAUUAGAGGAGAGUAGGAGAUAGAAUGAAAAUAAGGAUUAGAUAUUGGCCACAGUGUUUCAUGAUUUUAAGACACCAAUUAAUGGCAUCUCAACCAUAGUGGAGGCAAUGGAAGAGAAAUUUGAUAUUAAUUCAUAAUAGAAAUACUAUUUAAGAAUAAUAAAGAAAAAUGUAUAUUUGAUGUUAUACAUGAUUCAAGACAUUUUGGAUUUUGCUAGAAUUCAAAAGAAUUAGUUAAGAUUAAGCAUUAGCGACUUCUAUUUAAAUGAAGUAAUAGAGGAGGUAGUUGAAUUGGUGGCGAUCUAAGCAGAAUAAAAAGGAGUUGUCAUAACUACUCAUUAUGAUCUGCCUACAUAUCAAAUAUAUAGUGAUCCAAAUAGAAUUAAGUAAGUCUUGAUGAAUUUUAUUUCUAAUUCAUUGAAAUUUACAGAAUCAGGAUCGAUAACUAUAUCAGUAUCUUCCCAUUAGACAGACAAAUCUUAACACAUUGUUCGAACUGGCUCAUCUAAAAAUGUGUUGAGUUAAUAAUAGAAUUAAUAAUAAUCUAUAGGCUAAUUGAGGAAACAACUUUCAGGUAGAUCAGUAAAAUCAUCAAAUGGAUCCAAUAGGAUGAUAUAUACCAUCACAAUAGCAGACACUGGUUGUGGUAUAUCUGAACUGAUAAAGCCAAAGUUAUUUAAUAUGUUUGCAACAUUCCCAAGUAAAGAAGUCUAAAACAAAUGUGGCACAGGAAUUGGGUUGAUGGUCUGUAAGAAAUUAAUCAGACUAUUGGGACCUUCUGAAAAUAUUGAUCUUUGGAGUGAACAAAAUAAAGGAACCAAAAUGACAUUUCAAAUCUAUUCUCGAUUAUCUGAUGACCCAAAAAGAUCUCCAAAUUAUAUUAGUGUUUUCAAAUAGGAGAGUAGUUCUAAGAAUUUUAACAUCGAUAGUCAAUCCUAAUUUGAUGAUUAACAGUCUAUUUAAUAAACAUUUGUUCGUUCUUCAUUAUUGUAUGUAUAUUCAAGACCAGUAGAAAAGCAUGAUAUAGACUAGGAUUUAGAUAUGCUACCUGAAUAUGAGGAUAUAGAUCAAUAGAAAUUUCAUAAUAUCAAUUAUAUGAAGAAUUAGAGAUCGCCAACAGUAAGUAAUAUCAAAAAUAAGGAACAAGCACUUGAUGAUUCCCAAGAUAUUAUCGACCCAAGAAGUCGUUUAUAAAGAAUAUUAUAAAAUAAACCAAAUUUUUCCAUUUUGAUUGUUGAUGAUCAACCCUUUAAUGUAUUGGCUUUGAAAUUGUUAUUAUAAGAUAUCUCUUAAAACAUCACCUUUUUAGAAGCAUAUAAUGGUUAAUAAGCUAUCAAUAAACUAAUAAGUUUCUAAAAAUAAAAAAAUAUCAAAUAUAUUUUUAUGGAUUUAUUGAUGCCAAUACUGAAUGGUUGGUAAGCCACAGAAAUGAUUAAAGAAAUGAUAUCCAAAAAGUAAGUAGAUGAACUCAAAAUUAUAGCCAUUUCUGGGUAUGAUGAUGAAAAUGAAUAAGAAAGAUGUGGAAAUAUUGGAUUUGAUGCCUUUAUUACCAAACCUGUGAAAUUAGAAAUGAUUGCAGAAGUAUUUGUGUAAUUAGAGAAAGUUUGA